GUUCAGGCGGUUGUCAGUCGUCUAAAUCUCGGCUGUGAACCAGGGGUCCUUUAGGCUAACGCUAAUGCUCGUCAGCUAGCAGCUAAGUACGUACGCAGUCGUUUGUUGAGAUGGAGAUGGUGGAUUGUGUGCGCUGACGAUGAGCCACAACGAUGUUAGGGAUGACCUGACGACAGCAUCACCUGGUGUCUUUGACCUGCAUCACCACAACUCUGUUGGAUAGGACAGACCUCCUGCAUCCUGCAGUCUGUUGUGGCUCGUGUCUGCCUCCUUUAAAGCAACCUGUAGUUGAGCUCUGUCAGCACCACUGUCUCUGAACCUCCUCCAGUAAAGACACGAUGUAUUGCCUGCAGUGGCUGCUCCCUGUGCUGCUCAUCCCCAAGCCGCUGAACCCUGCGCUGUGGUUCAACCACUCCAUGUUUAUGGGUUUCUACCUGCUGAGCUUCCUGCUAGAGAGGAAGCCCUGCACCAUCUGUGCCUUGGUCUUCCUGGCUGCCCUGUUCCUCAUCUGCUAUAGCUGUUGGGGCAACUGCUUUCUCUACCACUGCCACUGCCAGGACGCCGCACUGCCAGACACCGCCCACGACCCAGCGAUUGUUGGGACCUAGGAGGGAAAGACAGGGAGAUACCAGAGUGGGAGGAGGAAGGGUCCGAAGGUUUACGUGGCAUCGCUGAAGAAUUACUUACUUGCUGUAAGAAGGGAGGGACUGCACUUUGGGGGUGGGAGACCAGUGAUCUGCAAAACUGCUGGAGGGGAAUAUCCCUGAGAAUAGAGAGGAAGAGAAGAGCCCGCUUUGUAGGGUCAUGGCUGCUCGUUUGCCAUUCUGUAAGCGACUGAGGGGGAGGAGGGGGUGACAGGCAGGCGGGGAUCAAAACGAUGAGUGAGGGACGGAGAAAACAACUUUGCUUGAAUGAAAACUAGACAAUAUGUCACCACUGUGUUUCAGUAUUCAGAUUUCUUUGGCCCUUGGCUUGUUUACGUCAACAAAACAGAUUCACGUUUUCCCAAACCCUUCUUUGUUAUGUUGAGUGGAAAUGUCUUCAUGUCAAGCUGCCGACAUUCACCAAACCCCAGUGAAAUCAGCAGAUGCAGGUUUCCUGACAGCCGUGAUUCUCCUCCAUUCUCACACUUGAGGAACUUUAACUGCUGCGUGGCGCUGAGUCGUGUUUACACGUGCAACCGGAUCAAACUCACCAUUUUGGCUCCACGCGCAAUGCUACCGUCAACAAGGAGAGAACACUGACACUGGGAAAUCCAUCAACAUGCUGUGAAAACCCCGCGCUCAUCGCAUCAUCAAACACCUGAGGUGUAACAAAGCUGAGAAACUGUCCUGUUGGUACUCGCCAUGCUGUGCAGCUGCCUCCUCCUCAUCUCCUCCUUCUCGCCGUGAAUGUCUCUGACUGCCGCAAUCAUGAGCUGAUCCUUUAGGCCGGUUGUUUUUUUUCUCCUGCAUGGGUUAGUUCAUUAAGUUUAAAUUUUAAUUAAUUAAAAUGAAAUGCUGAAAGUUUCCAAAGGGUAAAGAUGUGUGGAAGAGACUUCCUGUGUAUGAUAGGUGUUCAUUGUUUCGUGAUCAUGGCCGGCUGAGAAGCGUAGAUGUGGUGACACACAGGGAAACGAUAACGGCCUCAGACGUGGUGGCGUCAAGUUUGAAGGCGUGUCGGGAAACGCAGACGUUUCCUGAUGUCACCACUGCAAGUGUCUGCUCAGCUGUCAGUCACCGGUUAAGGUGUUCAUGCUCUGUUCCAUUUGGUGUGUGUGUGCGUGUGGUGUGUGUGUUGCAGUGCUAAACCUGCUCACUGCUUUGGUUUUAAUUUAAAUAAAGUUUCUCCUCUA